AUGGCGUCCACGGACGCCGCGUUCCUCACAGAGGUCGAGUCGUUCCUGAACUUACUGGAGCUCCCACCUCCGUCGCCCGUUGCCGCCCACUGUCGCCCCGCAGCCAUCGAACGCGGCCCUAUCGCCGCCGCUGCCCACCGCCACCGCACCACCAACAGCAAUAACAAUAGCAAUGCCACCCACACCCACACCCACAACAGUACUUCCACUCGCAACGCACCGCGUGAAUCGGCAAAGUCCGUCGUGACGUCCACACCCGACGCGUCGCCCCUUGCAGCGUCCACAGACAAUGCGACAGUCACUUUGCGGCGCCUCAAAGAGCGCACGCGGCGCCAGUCGUACCGCGAGCGACAGCUCCUCGAGCGCGCGCAGAUGAGCCGCGAGAUCGCGCGCCUCACGGCAGAGGUCCACCGCGUGCGCACGCGCCAGCAGUUGGUGCGCGCGUGGAAAGCGCUGGCGCAGCGCCAGUUGAGCGCGCGGCAGACGGUCGAAGCUGAGCAGCAGCGGCUGUGCCGCGCCGUGUUGGCGCAGGCGCAACUCCUGUCGCAUGUCCAGAGCUUCUUGCAGCCGCCCAGUGGGCCGCCGGUCGCCGACGCCACUGGCGCCGCGUGUUUCCACCAGACGCGCGUGCGGCUGUCGUUCGUGAACGCCGACGUGUUCCGCACGUUUCUGCGGGAACUCGACGACGCGUACGCGAUGACGGACACUGUGCUGCAGACGUGGGGCCUCGCGUCGACGGCCGCGAACUGGGACGCCCCGAGCGAAGUGUCGGACAAAGAGGCGGCGUUUCGGUUCAAGAGUAAGCUCACGAUGCCGUUCAGCUUUGACGCCAUCUGCCGCUCGCGGUGGCUCGUCUCGCGCUUUGGCCACCGCCAAGACGCGCGCGAGCUGCACAAGACGGGCGGCGUCGACCCAGAGAACACGCUGGCCGUCAAGUUCCGAGUGAAGACGCGGCUGCACUCGGGGACGGUGGCCACGGCCGUGCAGCGCCUGAUCAUUCGGCGGUACGUCGAGGCCGAGCGCAUGGUCAUUGUCUGGCGGCUCUUCACCGAAGGCGAGGGCGUGUUCACGGGCCUGAGCUCGGACGAAGCCGGGUGGUGCGUGGCCACGCCGGUUCGGAGCGCAGCGCGCGAGGGCACGGUGAUCCGCACGUGCGUCAACAACAAGGCCAUGCCCACUGGCGACGACGUUGCAGCGGAGCCCGUGGUCACCAAGUUUCGGAACCAGCUGCUCGAGUGGGGCUUGGAAAACAACGAGGAAGUCACGACGGGGCUCCAGAAGACGAUUGUCCGAUGA